AUGGCUGUUGGACAGGACCCCAUUGUGAAGGAUCUACUUCAAUUCACAACCUGUGAUGUUUCAGACGCUCUAUGCAAACUCAAAGUCCCCAACGGCGGCUUCCUCUCGGGCUUGACCUUAUGGUCUCCGCAACGACAAGAAGGGAUGACCAGAAUUGUCGGUCCAGCGUAUACAGUGAAGUACGUACCAUUGGAUGACCCUUCGCCUAAACAUCCUACCCACUACAUCGACUCCAUCCCCACUGGCGCCAUAAUCUUCAUCUCCUGCCCCCCAAACACCCCCAACGCCGUCUACGGUGGCCUAAUGUCCACCCGCGCCCAGGUCAGCGGAGCAGUAGGCUCAAUAAUCGAUGGACGCUUCCGCGACCUCCACGAGCAGCGCGCACUCAACUAUCCCGUAUUCGCACGAGACUUGAGCACCGCACCGCCAUACGAGCUCGUCAAAGUGGCUGGUGUGAAUGUGCCGGUGAAGCUGCAAACUAGCGAGCAAGAUAUCGAGAUUCGGCCGGAUGAUUAUUUAAUUGGGGAUCUAAAUGGGGUUGUGGUAUUGCCGAAGGAGCUGGCAAAGGAGGUAUUGCCACUGAUGAGGAAACAGGUUGAGGCGGAUGAGAAUGUGGCGAAGGAGAUCAAGGGGGGGAUGAAAUUUAUGGAGGCUACGCGGAAAUUCAGAUAG